AUGUACUACAAGCCACUAUUCCCUGAUGGCAGACAAAUUCAUUUACCAUGGCAAAUUAAAAUAUUGAACUAUAUGAUAGUUUGGCCUCUUCGAGAUAAUCCAACUCAAUUUGUACAAUUUUUCGGAUACAUAACUGUAUCGUUGGGAUUAUUAAUAUUUCUUAUGGUGAAUGAGGGAGAAAUUCUAUUCAUUAUUGAAAAUUUCAAUGAUAUAAAUAAAAUGGUGGAAGCUUUAGUAAUGUGUAUUGUUUUAAAUGAGUGCAUUUUAAGAAUUUUCAAUAUGGCAUCCACCAAAGAUACAUUCAAAAAGUUUUUAAAGGAUUUUUUUCUUUCUAUUUACAUCGAUGAGAAAACUAAUCCCAAAACAUGGAAACAAAUUCAGCGUGGACUUAUUCCCACCACAGUAUAUUCGUACACUUACAUUCUGACCAUGGUUUCGUUCCAAAUCCUACCAAUUAUGAAUUUUUCCAAAAACCGAAGAAUUUUGCCAUACCCAAUUAGCCUUCAUUAUGAAGUGGAAAAACCUACAUUGUAUGGGCUGACAUUGAUGUAUCUUUACUAUACAGGAUCCACUGUGACAUUUUUCUUAAUUGGAGAAGCAUAUUUAUUGGCAACUUUUAUAUUGCAUUUAAAUGCAAGAUAUUUGAUCCUUCUGGAAGAAAUUCAACUAUGCAGUGGGGAAUUGCUGAAAAGAGUUCCAAAAUCUCGGUUGGCUUCUGAAUUUCGAAAGAAAAUAAUUUACUUGAACGAAAGGAAUUGCAAUUUGGAUAGAUUUGCAGGACAUUUGGAUAAAAUUCAUAAUUUUCGGAUAUUUGUGAUGAUUUUUUUUAGCGCGGCUCUGCUUUGUGUUUUGUCAGUGCAAGUUGCUUCGCUUGGAAUGUCACCUUCAAAAAAUAUUGCCUAUCUUUUUUGGAUGAUUGCUAAAAUAUCGGAGUUAACUUUAUUUGGAACAUUAGGUUCAACACUCAUUCAAACCACUGGAAGAAUGAGUUCAGCAUAUUACUUGUCAAAUUGGGAAGAAAUCAUUAAUCAAUCUACAAAUUCUAAAGAAAAUAUCCUCCUUAUGAAGGAUUUACAAGUUUGUAUGUCUUUGCAUCAAAAUUCUAAGCGUUUAACUGGAUAUAAAUUCUUUGAUGUUUCAUUGGAUACUGUGGUUAUGGUUCUAAGAGGAGCUUUUUCAUACUACACUUGUCUGCACACAAUUAAACAGACUAAAGAACACUAA